UGGGCGUCGACGAGGCCUAUCGAGCUGCCUGCCCGCUCACUUGCCUUCACGGAGAAGAAUUCCGAAAGUCUGUGCGUGGUUGUUGAGAGGUCAGAGCGAAUUCAAUGCUCGUUGUUGGAUACAGCCAUUGUUGUAAUCUGAUGUCUCGCCUCACACCACAUGACUCACUUAGCUUCACUGCAGGGCCAGGGCAGUUCCGCGUACAGUAUUCUGGACUCGCUGCCAAGAGUGGAAUGUUUAGCGGCAGCAAUUCCCCAAUGCCACUUUUUAUGAUGGUCAAGGACUCGGACCGGCGAAACUCAGAGACUCUACAUUUCAUAUUUGGCUUAGCAUGGCAUUGUAGCUGUAACCACCCGCUCCGUUGUGCGAAUUAGAAAUCAGUCUCCCGCCCACCAUCCCCUCUCUCUGUCUCUCUCUGAGCGCAGGCCCACAGUGAUAUAUUAGUAAUAAAUAACGAACCUCGGGUUGUCGGAUGGGUUUAAAUCAUACCGUAGAUUCGGUGCUGUGGUGAUGAUUCUGAAGCCCGAAAGCGAAAGUACAGCACAGGGGAGGAGGUCCGGAGUAUUAAAUCUGAGGCUUUGACUUGUGCCAUCAAGAGAGGGAGCUCUGCAGAAGUGGCCUGCAACUGCAGCGUGACUCUCAAGACACACGAAGGCAACGGGAGAAGCUUACAUCUGUGACAUGGUGGCCAGCGUUUUCGAACUCUCGCCGGUGCAGAGAGAGUCGACGGUAAAAAGGAGCUGGAGCCUCGAGGAGCUCCACCUUCAGUGUUUGGUUUGCUUUUCGACUGCGCAGGUUUUAAUUUGGCAGGACAUGUCUCGAUAAUAUUAGCACGACAUUUAGUGGCGUCUUCCAGGGCCAGUUAGAAGCCUCCCGUCAGUACUUUUGUACAGAGAUCCGAUUGACUUGGGACUGAGAACGUCUGUCAGAGUCCAUAGACACACGAACAAAGCCAGUUCAUCCUGGCGUCUGAGCCAUCUCCAUCUCCAUCUCCCUCUCCCUCCCUCCCUCCCUCACUGACUGUCAUGUUCGCUUGUCGCUCUCACUGCGCAUGCAUGCAGGUCGACUAAUUCAGUGUAAAUGCUACUCGACAACAACCACCGAUGGAGACGAGUCCACCAUUCCUCCAUUCGCGCCGAGAAUUCACACUCCUCCUGGACAGUACAGCACCGGACUCGUUCACCCAGAGCUUGUUAGCUGUCGGACGUGGAUCGCUUCACUGAUGUAGUCGUUUAUAAGCCCGAGCUCACUCUGCUAGGGGAGGGCAUUGCAACCAGCGGAGAGAAGGCAAGAGAAAGGGAGAGUAGAGAGUGACCAUCGACCGACUGACGUCCAGUGAGGGACCUCGAAGGUUUCGAGCAUGGCGGCCAGCAGCAGGAUGCUGGGUCUAUCGCUGGUGCUCUUGCUGGUGGCGUUGCAUCCUGCUUCCGUAGCUUCGAUGAAGCACCAAGAUGGCUGGAGCUCGCUCGUCACUGGAAAUGUGUUCUGCGACCAAUGUAUGAAGAACACCGUCUUCCCGUUCGCUUUGCCGAUGCUGGGUGCGAAGGUGUCGGUGGAGUGCAAGGCCGCGGAUGGCAGUAUGAUGGCGUCUGCGGAGGCGACCACGGACUUUCUCGGAGGGUUCGUGGCCUCAUUCAAAGGGAUGGCAGAUCUGGAAGGAUGCAAAGCUUACAUGAAGAGUAGCCCGGAUUCGUCCUGCAGCAUAGCGGGAUAUGAAGGCGGAGGAGAGCUCAAGCUCAGAAGCAAGUUCUUCUUCACCUCAUUCUAUGGGGUGGAACCCAUGUUCUUCAAACCUGCUGCACCCAAGAGCUUCUGUCCUGGCUCCAAACCCAACCCUCCACCAGUGCCCUCGCUCCCCGGGAUUCCUCCCCUCCCUCCCCUCCCUCCACUGCCACCCAAACCUCCAGGCGCCCCUCCCAUCACCCUCCCUCCAAUGCCGUGGAUGCAGCCCUCAACUUGCACCGCAGACCAGUGGAAAAACUCCGACUUCUUCUGCCACUGGAAGAAGGCGACCCCCUUCCAAACGACGGUGGAGAUUAUGUUCGGCAAGGCUGCUAAGAAGAAGUACGGCGACAUGAAUUUGUACAGCGCUUUGCAGGGCGAGGAUGACCUCCUGAAGCAGGCCGUGGCCGCCAUGAUGAAUGCGUACGGAAACCUCAAGUUCUCCAUGUCGCCCAAAGCCGUCAAGAAGGAAUUCCUCCUGGCCCUCAAAGGGCCCCAGCAGCUCAAAUGGGACACUGCAUGGAAGCUGAAACAAGCCAAUCUCGGCUGGGGCAAGGGCAAGUGCAUGCUCGCUCCUUGCAAGUAGUAAUAGCAUAGCUGUUGUAUUUACACUGUCACUAGUAAACUGGGAAUCGAGCUUACGACUACUCAUGAGGUAACCAUUGUUACCCUGUCCGCUCUGCUCCCUUGACUAAUGUUUCGUAGCUUCAAAUCAGAACUGUCAGGCUCUCACUGGUUUCAAUUCGAAUGCUUUCGGUAUCUCCAAAAAGCUAAUCUGAUCGGAACCUUGCUCAGUUCUGGUCUUGUCUAAGCCUUGUGGGUUCGAGCGAGUGGCCCUAGAGUAAAGUCACUGUUACUGUUGCAUAAUUUAUAAAGAAAAGCUACAUUUAUAAUUGCCUAUUAUGGCCAAGAG